AUGCACAUCCAAUCUUUCUUGCAAUGUCAGGACAUCAAGUGGAUGUUGGGUCAAGCUGGUGCUAAGAACUUGUACAUCAUUGCUGUCUUUGGCAUCGGGGGAAGAUUGAAUCGUCUGCCUGCAGCUGGCAGUGGGGACAUCGUUGUAGCCACUGUGAAAAAGGGAAAACCAGAACUGAGGAAGAAAGUGUUGCAAGCUGUGGUGAUUCGACAGAGGAAGCCUUUCAGAAGGAAGGAUGGACUCUUCAUCUAUUUUGAAGACAAUGCUGGUGUGAUUGUUAAUAACAAGGGGGAAAUGAAAGAAGUGAUCCACAUUUCCCUCAUCCUUUAUGUGGAUCAGCCCAAGCUCUUUGUAGAUGAUUUCCAAAGUACUUCUGAAGAUGAUGGAAACUGGUCUGUAACCUAG